AUGGAUGCCCACGAGGGCACCAUGGACGUGAUCAAAUUUGCCGAUACCGAGUUUGCAAAGUUUGUCGGCGACGAAAUGACAUCGCGUCUCAACGACACUAUGCUGCUCAUGCUCUACGCAACCCUUCGCACACUUGCCAAGUAUCCCGAGUUUGGCGGUAUCGAUGUCAGCGACACCUUUAAUCCACGUCAAGACAGAGGUCUCCUCGGACACAUCGACGAUAAUGUUACCUGUCAAGAUUUAGGUAUUCCUUUUGAUUUUUGUGAAUUUAGUAGUAAUAGUUUGUCAUAUAUAAGAGUUGUUCAUUGUAUAAUGAGUCUAUUUGGUCAAUAUGAAUCAGAUGAAGAGGAAGGUGGUGAUGAUGAUAAUAAUCACCUAUCAAAUGUAACAUCGACUACAUCAACGGCAUCAAUACACAACAACAACAAUAAUAAUAAUAAUAAUAAUAAUAAUGUAAAUAGCAACAACAAUGAAGAUUAUCAAGACUACGAAGAAGAACAUAAAAUACCGAUACAUAAAUUAACACAACCUCCUUAUGGAGUAUCGAUAGAGGAGAUUGAGGAUGAUGACGAUGAUAAAGAUGAUAUAGACAAGAAUACACCUAAAAAGAAACGAAAAAUGAUACAUAUUGAUGAUACUACAGAAGAUCAAGAUCAAUAUGACCAAAAUACUAUUGAAAAUAAUAAUAAUAAUAAUAAUAAUAAUACUAAUAAUAAUAAUCAAGAUAAUAGACAUGAUAAUAAUAAUCAUAAUAAUCAUAAUAAUAAUAAUCAUCAUGUUCAUUUAAAAACAACAAUAGAAAAUAAUAAUACUCAAAAUAGGAAUUUAUCGACACCUCCUACGCCGACAUUACACUCUCCACCUUAUGUAUCGAAUCCACCACAAUCAACCAAUCCAAACUUUAUUGGAUUGUAUUCUUUAAAUGUAUCUUCACCUACCAUUAAUGUAUCAUCGUCGUCGUCCACUGAGGACCAAGACAAUCAAGUGGACGAAAAGAUGAUGGCAAAGAUUGCAAAAUAUCACCAAAUGAAACAAGAAGGUAUAAACUUUAACGAAACACUCAGGAAAUCGACUGCAUUCAACAACCCAUCGAUCCUCGAGAAAUUAAUCAGUUUUUGUGAUAUCCAAGAGAAUGGAAGUAACCUUGCCCUCGAUCUAUACAAUCCAAAGGGGUUCAAGGAAGACGAAUAUUAUGAUCAAUUGGAAAAAAGACAAAGAAAAAUGGAAGAAGAUAAAUUUAGAAUGGCUCUUCAUCAAAGAGAAAAUAAUACAUCAACUACAAAUAAUAAUAAUAAUAAUAAUUCACAAAAUAAAAAACCGAAUAAUAAAUGGGAAAAUAAAGCAAAAUAUUCUCAACAAGGAAAAACAACAAAUGUUCAAAGUACCAGUCAAAAAGUUGGUGCUGUUAUUACUUCUGCCCCAACUUCAAAUCCAAAUGAUAAAAAGAAACCAAUUCAACAACAACAACCUCAAAUUAAUUCCAUCUUUAAAAAAUUUAAACAAUAA